GGGAUUUGUGGUUCUAUAUUAUUCCCACUUAUAAUCAUGAAGUUCCUUGCCUUGGUGCUCGUCUUAGUUCUCCUGACAAAUAGUAACGUCCUAUGUCAAAACGCAUCGGAAAAUGCAACAGGCCUUGACGCACCAGAGUCGCAUGUUGCUGCCUCCCGUCCACACGGACCAGGUCCGGUGAUAAUUAAUCAAACGGCAGUCCCACCACUUCCAGUCGAACCAGGUCCGGUGAUAAUAGAUCAGAAGGCGGCGGUACCACUCCCACUCGGACUGGGUCCGGUGAUGAUAAAUCAUUCGAUAGUCGCGAAACUUCCCGAUAUAAUUGCUAAUGGAGUACCGAUAACUUUGGAUGAAUCUGGCAAGGCACUCAAAGGAAUCGACAUCCCGGUCUUCCCAACUCAAAACGUCGAUGCUUUCAAGGCCAGUGUAAACGCAUUCACCAGUAAACAUAUAAGCAUCGAAACUGAAGCAUCAAAAUCUAUGCAAGACACUGUGAACCGGGUGAUUGCAGCACUGGCAAAUUCAUGGUCAGCUCGGGAAGAGAAAGAGUUAGGAGUUAUCAGAGCUAUCAGAGAAAGGUAUCAACCAGCUUACGAACAGCACAAACGCAAUCCUACCCGCUAUCGCUGCCAGCUAGAAGCAUUGGUUGCUCUCCUGUCCAGCUUAGAUUAUUUACCGGACCAAGUAAUAGGAUGCCGAUCCACUGCAAUCGAACGCAGCGAGCUGAUUAGGCCUAAACUCACCUCUCGUAUCACCGCGGCUGCAAAACACAUCGAAGACGCAGCAAAAGAACUUAAGGAAUGUGAUGUCCCAUGGAUUCCAGAGUUGGUUUUACUGUGCGCAGAUGACAAAGCAAAGCAGUUUCGUUCAAUAGUUGUCGGCAGUUAUGUAGAAUCGGCAACGCAGUUGCAAACUAGUACUAAGCUGCUAGAAAUCGUAGGAAAGAAGCAUAUGGAAUGCGUAGAACCAAUCGUCAACGAAGCAAAACAUAAAGAACGCGAAGUAAUUGCAUCCCUUAAGGAAUGCAGUUAACACAAAUAUUAUUGCAAUCCCUUCCAAUCUAAUUUUAUCCUGGUUUAUAAUUGGUGUUAAUAUAAAGGAAUAAAGUUUAUUGAUGAUUGCUUAAAGUUGA